CUUUGAAACUUGUCUUUUGUAUAUGGUUGUUUGUGAUUCUUUGUUCACUUUUUCUUCUUCUCUUUAUAUCUACUCUUCAAUUCAAGGCCUCUCUAUAAAGCUGAACUACCAACUAUGGGUGGAGCCAAUAGUAAACUAGCCUUUAGACAGAGUGUCUUCCGUUUAUUUGAAGACAAGCAUAUUGCACCCACAGAGGAAGACUUUUGGGAACAAUUUUGGACUCUACCCACCUCAACUGACGAUGUAUUUUUAUUGAUCGGUGCCAAUGAUAUUCGAAGAACAAGGGACGAAUCUAGAGCAAAUAUUGAAACAUUAAUUGAUAAGAUCUUGUUGAAAAUGGAAGAGACUAUCAACGCAUCCAACUUCCCGUGUGCAAAACAUUCGAUCAAUCACUUACUGAAUUGCUGUCGAAUUUUGACCCGUCUAAUGCCUUUUAUCUAUGAAAGUGAGGCUUGCUCUGAAUGGGAGAACACCUUCUUCUGGAACGAAAGGCGAGUAGAGAGGAAGAGAUCAACCACAAAAUCUAAUGACACGUUGAAUGAUAGCGUAGCUAAGGAUGAAGAAGUCGAUGGAAUUAUGUCGGAAUAUACUGAAAGUAGUAAAAACGACGAUGCUAAGAAAGAUACUGGCUCGGAAGAAGCUACUAUCAAAAGGAAUAGGAUGGCAGAAGAAGAAGAGGGAGAUUUAUCGAUGCGAGUAGAAACAUCAACAGAAGAAAGCAAGGAUAAAACUGAGAAAUUUAAAGAGAUAAAAGUAACAACAGAGGAGGAGGAGGGUCAAUUCGCUGGCCAAGAAGCCAGCAAUGAUGAAAUAGAAAUAGACAUUUUGCCACCAAGAGGCGCCAGAUUGAUAGAUUUGACCAUCCAGGCAUUAUUUUUAGGGGGCUUCACCAUCCCGCUUGCUCUAGUAAAUAAGGAGCUCAAGAAUAAAGUCAACUUAGUGGUUUGGGAAGCAGGUGUUGGGUUAAAGCCAGAAGAAGAUAUGGGGCAAUUCAAAGACAAUGAGGCUAAUCGAACCGAAGUUCUACGUUUACUCGUUGUCUUGCUUUCAAAAUCCAUGUAUAGUACACCAUCACAACUUCUUAGAGAAGAGGAUCUCUGGCUCCAGUAUGCAGCCUGUCAAUUGGACCGUAAGACUGUGAUGGUGCUAUUAUGCAGUUUGCUCAAUACUGUAUGUAACUACGAUCCGACAGGUUGGGUGCCAUACAAUCAUAUUCUCACGGCUUCGGCAACUAAAGAACAACUUAUUACUUUCUGCUUGUCAUCAUUGUUGAUUUUAUUGGAUUACAGAUCACCACAAGAAGCCAAAAAAGUGUUGCGACAGAUACCCAAUGAAGAAGAUAUUACAACGAGUCGCAGUCCAAGUCGCAGCGUCAGCCGCAGAAAUAGUUUCAAUGCUAGCCCUAGAAUGAGUAUAAGCAGCAAUAAGAGAGAAAACAGCAGUACUACAGACAAUAUUAAGGAGACAACCAAGCUUUUAGAAACUAUCACAAUAACAACGCCACCGUUAGAAACAGCAUCCGCUUCGGAGCCGAAAAUGGACUUGGAAGACUAUGUCUCCUUGAAGAAUGAAUCACCAAUUGAUCAGCAGGCAGCUGAAAACGAUUUUAGAUAUUUUCUGUCAAAAUUGUAUAGAAAGAAAGAUUUUGAAUAUCUGAUGAACGGCUUUUACAGAUUAUUAAGUAACCCUAUGACAGCCGUCAAUACCUACCUGCCAGGAUCUACACGGCGUACCAGCUGCUAUACAGAUGUAAUGAUGCUCUGCUGGCGUUGUAUUGAAGUCAGUAAGAGAUUCACUUACUAUCUAACAGAUUCUGAUCGUGCACUCGAUUUAACUGUCUUACUAAUUUUUCAUGCUAAUGAAAGUAAAGACAAAUUAUCUUCUACUGGCCUGAUUCGUAUGUGCGCAUUUAUGUUACAAACUCUUUCUUCCAACAAAGAGUAUAGCAUUAAACUCAACAAACCUUUCACUACUCAUUCAUAUCUUCCUGCCUCUGUUCGCAUUUACGCCUUUAAUGGCUCUUACGCCGAUUACCUCAUCAUUUCUAUAUUUUCGCUUAUUGCUUCUACGCAAGGUAGACUACAUUCGCUGUAUCCAGCCUUCAUCUUAACUAUUACAAAUAUCUCACCCUACUUGACAAAUUUGGGUGUCACGACCUGUUCCAAACUUAUGACCUUGUUUCAUUCUUGGUCUUCCCCUCAUUUCCUGCUUGCCGACGAACACAACCAUCAACUCUUAGGCUACCUUUUAGAGACUUUCAAUCAUAUCGUUCAUCACCAGUACGGAAAUAACCCAAAAUUCAUAUAUGCAUUGGUAUUAAGAUCGAAAGAUAUUGAAAGUUUAAGGACACUCACAUUUGAUAAAGUGACUAAAGAAGUUGCGGCAGCAGCAGCGGCAGCAGCAAGGAAGACCAACAGAGAUGCUGAUAAUCACAAUAAUAAUGUCCGAAACUCCACGCAAUUUACGCCUACAGAAAAAUGGUUCAAUCAUUGGAAAGCAGCUUUGCCCAUUGUCACACUUACAAAAUUGAUGGAAACACUACUACCGCCGCUUGAAGAAAAGUGUAAAACGACGAAUGACUCUGAAUUGUUAACAGAGUUCGUCAAGACCAUUGACUUACCCUCUUUCGAGGGCUAUCUGGAAGCAGGUGUUUAUUUGCGUCAGUUUCAAUGGGGUGAAGCAUUAGUUGUUUGGUUCCGUAGCGUGAUGUGGGGGCAAAACUAUGUAAAUACAAUGAGAGAGUUUGGGCCGUGGAAUGGUACUCAUGUGAAAUUAUUUCAAAUUAAAGAACAAGAAGAAUAAAAAAGUUUAUGCUACCAGUAGCAGACCGGAUUUUUCUCCAUCACCAUAUCAUCAUAUAGAACUAAUAUAGUAUGGCGAGUUAGUAAUUUUUGGCCAAGUUAUAAAAAA